AUGGCGGCUCCUAAUCCCGGAUUGGCGCAAGUCGCCGCUGAUGCAGAAGACCCAACCAGAGGAGCAGUGGAGAAACAGGCGGACGGAUCCAUUGUGGAGGAUGUGCAGCCCGUCGCCCCCGAUCAGUUUGAGGAGAAAUUCCUGACGAGCAAGUGGGAGAUCUGGUCCUACUACGCCUACUACAUCGGAAACAAUGGCCUGACCCUCUUCAACUUCGGGCCCACGCAGGCGCAGAAUCUGCUCGACCUGCAAGCCCAGGCCGUUGGAGGGGAAAACAACCAGUACCUGUAUUUUGCCGGUAGCAGCCGCACCAUCAACAGCAUCAUCCUGCUCUGCAACGGCAUCUCUUUCGCCAUCCAGAUUGUCAUCUUCCUCAUCCUCGGCUCUUACGCCGAUUUUGGCACCUUCAGGCCUAACAUCCUCAUCGCCGUCUCGCUUGUCGCCUGGGGCAUUGGCUUUGGCUGGCUGGGGGUCCAUACUCAGGACCAAUGGCAGACUGGCCUCGGACUGUACAUUGUCGGCCUGAUUGCGUACCAGCUCUGUCUGACCUACUGGACCGCUGCCUUCCCGGGGCUGGCGCGCAACACCCCCCAGCUGCGCGACAAGGCCGUGCAGUUUGAGAAUGGCGACAUCAGCCGAGAGGAGUACGAUUUCGCCGACAGCAUGAAGAGGAACGAGCUCAGCAACGUCGCCUUCUACACCCAGAGUGUCGGCGAGAUUUUCAUCCUCGUCGUGACCGUCGGUAUCCUGUUUGCCGUGCAUGCCGACCGGAAUGCAGCGUCAAACAGCUGGAGUCUUUCGGUGCUGAUCGCCUUCUGCACAGGCGUGUGGCUAGCCGUGGCCAUCCCGUGGUUCAUCAUCGAGAAGCGCCGGCCGGGCCAAGAUCCCGGGAUGAACAUCGUUCUCGCCGGCUUGUGGCAGCUGUGGCGCGCCUUUUCCCAGGUCUGGCAACUCAAGCAGUCCCUCGCCUACCUCAUUGGCUACUUCUUGCUCGGCGACUCGCUCAAUACCACCGUCACCGUGAUUGCCACCCUGCAAAAUACCAUUGUCAGCUACAGCUCCCUAGAACUGACCUACCUCUUCAUCGCGGGCAUCUUCGCCCAGGCCGUCGGUAUCUUUGCUUUCUGGAACGUGCAGAAGCGCUUUGGCCUCUCCACCAAGACCAUGUUCAGCGCUGUGGCAAUCGGCAUUGUCUUGUUGGAUGGUUGGGGAAUGAUUGGAAACUGGACCGACAAAUUCGGCUUUCACAAUAAGUGGGAAGUCUGGGCCUACCAAAUCUUCUACGGCCUGGCGGUGUGUCCGUGGUACAGCUACUCGCAGACAAUGAUUUCUGAAGUGACACCCCGUGGCAAGGAGUUCCUCUUCUUCAGCCUCUUCUCCAUCAUCGGCAAGACCUCCAGUUUCAUUGGCCCGCUCGUUUCCAGCGCCAUCAUCGACGCCGCCGGUUACAACGCAAAGUUCGUCAACAACCGCCCCUUCUACUUCCUCUUUGGCUUGAGCUUGCUCAGCUACCUGUUCCUUGUCUUCUUCGUCGACGUGAAGAAGAGUCGCAUCGAACAGGGCGAAUUCUUGGAGCGCGAGAGAAUUGCGAAGAAGAAGAUUGCCGGCGGCGAGUCGAGCGAGUCUGCUGAGAGCGUUGCGUGGAGGCAAGAGGAGAAGUUUUAG